CUCGGGAUCCUUGUUUGAUUGGAUAUUAACUAACCCUUUUAUUAAUUUUCUAGCCAGCUUUAUAGUAAUUUCUCCUAAAAAAGAACUCACCCAACUGUCUGACUGUACUAUUGCCUGUUGAUAGCAAAAUGUCAUACGGAUACCCAUAUCAGCAGGGUGGCGCACCACCUCCUGGUGGAGGAUACCCACCUCAACCACAAGGAUAUCCACCACAGGGAGGAUACCCACCACAACAAGGAGGUUACCCCCCUCAAGGAGGAUAUCCACCAGCACCUGGAGGUCCAGCAUAUCCACCUGGGCCGGGGGGACCUGGGUACCCACCAGCUCCCGGUGGAGCACCUGGAUAUCCCCCUGCACCUGGAUAUCCUCCAGCUGCUGGAGGUUAUCCUCAGCCUGGAGCACCAGGGGCAUAUCCACCACCUGGACAAUCGUCAGGUCUCGGAUUCGAUGCCUUAGCUGGACCUCCCCAACCAGCAGCACAAAGUUACGGCCAACCACCAGGUGGCUAUGGAUAUGGUGCACCACCUGCACCAGGGGGUUACCCACCAGCUGCGGGCUAUCCACCUCAAGCCCAGCAAGCUUAUGGUGCCCAGCCUGCUGCAGGAUACCACCCCCCAGCUGGGUAUGGAGCCCCAGGACCUUAUUAUCAGGCUUCUUCUUAUCCACAAGCACAUAAGAUGAGUAAUCCUCAACAAUUAGCAGCAGGAAUGGCUGCAAUGACAAUUGCAACUCACGGAACAGUUAAGGCUUAUCCUUCCUUCAACGCAGAAGAAGAUGCAAAAAUUCUGAGGAAAGCAAUGAAAGGAAUUGGAACUGAUGAAAAGUCCAUAAUCAAUGUCAUUGGUCAUCGCAACAAUAAGCAGAGGCAAGACAUCAUAAUUGCUUACAAGCAAGCUUAUGGAAAAGAUCUGAUCAAAGAUUUGAAGUCUGAACUGAGUGGAAACUUUGAAAGUUUGGUGAAGGCAAUGUUCAUGAAACCUAGACAUUAUGAUGUCUAUUGUUUGGAAAGAUCAAUGAGCGGAAUUGGAACUGAUGAAUCUGCACUGAUAGAAAUCUUCACUUCAAGAAGUAAUGCUGAGAUAAAGGAGAUCAAGGAAAUUUUCAAAAAAGAGAGAAAGAAGGAUUUGGAGAAAGCAUUGAAGAGCGAGACAAGUGGACAUUUUUCAAGAUUGCUUGUGUCUUUAUGCAAUGCAUCAAGAAACGAAACGACUUCUGUUGACCAAGGAAAGGCCCGUGCUGAUGCCCAGGCUCUCUAUCAAGCUGGUGAAAAGAAAUGGGGAACUGAUGAGGCUACAUUCAACAUGAUAAUGUGUUCCAGAAGUAUUCCACAACUUCGUGCGACAUUCAUAGAGUAUCACAAAAUUGCAAAUAGAGAUAUUUCAAAAUCUAUUGAGGGAGAAUUUUCAGGAGAUAUUGAGGAAGGGCUGAAAGCUGUUGUAGAAACUGCUCGUAGCGCACCUGCGUACUUCGCCAAGAGACUUUAUAAAUCUAUGUCUGGUGCAGGAACUGAUGAUCACACACUGAUUCGAAUUGUUGUCUCUCGUUCAGAGAUUGACAUGGUAGAAAUCAAACAAGAGUUUCAGCGUACAUAUAGCAAAACAUUGGGCAGUUUCAUUCAGGGUGAUACCAGUGGAGACUACAAGAAUCUUCUGACGACUCUCGUUGGACCAUAGGUCUAUAAAAUCCAACAAUAAAUAAUGGCAAUUUGUAUUCGGACUGUACAAUGAAUAUUUUUUUAGCUCUACUUUUCCUUGCAGUCAAUGUGAAAUUUUUAAGCAGCUUAUAUUCACUCAAAUUCAGUUAAUAGAAUUUACAUUUUGACAUGGUUAGUAUGCAAGAUGUUCAGAGUGGAAUUUUCCUCAUGUUUUAGAGAUAACGCAAUUAUAAUCUGCAGUAAGUAAACAUUUUAUAUACUUCAUAUGAAAAUCGUUUUAUGAUUGUUAUCAAAGUGAUUUUUUAACAAAUGCAAAUGACGAUAUUUUUCAUCAAAAUUAUAAUUUCAGGGAAAUGUGUAUCUAAUCAAUGAAAAUGUGCUCGUUUUGCUGAUCAGGCAUUUUGUGUCAUGGCUUUUUUAUGUUUCCACUCUAUAUUUGGUUAAGUUGCUGAGACACAAGCUCAUUUAGAAAUGAUAUUACAAUUAUCAAUGCAGUUUUUUAUCCCAUACCUGCACUAAAAUUUCGUUGUGUAUGUUUCUAAACACUGAUACAGAAACAUUUAAUUUUGGUUAUUUUAUUCAGGACAUCUUCAUAGUCCAUAUCUAGGUGAUUCACUUUUUUAUUCAGCUUGUUUUUGUGCUGCACUAAUCGAAUGCUUAAAUAGUUUUUAAAAUUUAUAUUCACAAAUGGUGGUAACAUUUCCAGGCUUAAAGGUCACACUACAAUUAUUUUUGGGUUUAUAUUUUGAGAUUUAAAAACAGGAUUCAUUAUUACCUACCACAAAGUAAUAUAGUGAUAUUUUUGGUGUUGACCUCAUAUAGUUUGUUUGUUAACUAAUAGUACUGAUCACAUCAUUUCAAACCAUAUUUUGAGAAACGUACUCAAAAAACUAUAUAUUUUAAUCAGUAGUUAUCACCGCCAUUGCAAAAUAUAUCUCAUCAAAGUCAAUGUGCCUUA